AUGAGUCCCACACCGCCAGGGACAUCCUCCUCGGGCCGCUCCCCCGAGGAGCAGUUCCGUGUCGUGCGCAAGAGGAACCGAAUUCCACUGAGUUGUUACCCGUGCAGGACAAGGAAGAAAUGCGAUAGAAGCCACCCAUGUAGCAACUGCGUCAAACGAGAGGGCGAGGAUGUGUCGACAUGCUCGUACGCCACUCCGUCGGCGCGCAAGAAGACCUCUACCGCUGGCGCGUCGACCCCCGAUGACAUGCAGAAUCGCAUCGAUAGAUUGGAAGGACUGGUGUUGUCCUUGAUGCACAACGGCAGUAACGUCGAGGUUACCACUUCAGGUGCUGCUCCAGGCGCUUCGUCCUCUUCCAGCCGAGCCAACACAACGCCCGGGGAAACCGACCCAUCAACAUCUGCCCUGACGAAACAGCAGACAGAGACGAGCAUGGACGAUGCAGAAGACGACGACAGCGAUAUCGAUGAUGGCCUAGCUACGUCGCUUGGAGUUCUCAAGGUCGACAACGACAAGGGAAAGUCCAUGUAUAUCGGACAGGCACAUUGGCAUCUCAUCUUGGCCGACAUUUCUGAGGUCAAGACGUACUUCAACAACCACAAGAAGGAAUUAGAAAAGGGCUACGAGACUGUCAGAAAUUCCAAACCAGCAAGCGCAUCUGAUGGUCCGACCCUUCUCUUUGGACAGUCGCGAGCCUCCCCGGAGCAGAUUCGGGCCGGAUUACCAUCGAAGACGAGCAUCCUUACACUAUGCGGAAGAUACUUCAACUCACUGGACAAUACGCUAACCGUAGUCCACGUGCCAGCCUUCCAACAGCAACUACGAUCUCAUUUCCAAAACCCAAAUGAAACCCCUCUGAUGUGGCUGGGCUGCUUGUAUGCAGUUCUCAGUCUUGCGCUGCAUAGUUACAGCAAAGCUGGCGACGAACCACCUGAGUGGAAGGGCAGGGCGCUCGAUAUGGCUGCUGAGUACCGUUCGCGGACAGUACAAUGUCUCCUUGAGGUGGAUUACACGAAGCCGGUCGAACACACGCUGGAAACCAUGCUUCUCUAUCUUAAUGGAGAAUAUUCAGCCCGGUUCGAUGCCGAUAUGGCACUCUGGCUUAUCGGCUCGCUCACCACGAGAGUUGCGUUUCGAUUAGGCUAUCAUAGGGACCCCAAGUGGUUUCCCUCGCUGACACCCUUCCAAGCUGAAAUGCGACGGCGCGUUUGGGCGACAGUCAGGAUGAGCGAUAUCUUCAUGUCACAGCACUUGGCCCUGCCAGCAAUGAUACACGACCAAGAUUGUGACACGGAGUUGCCCAGCAAUGUUUUCGACGAAGAUUUCGGCCCCGAGACGGAGAUCAUGCCACCACCGCGCCCCUCAACGGAGCCCACGCCGAUCGCUUACGCUCUCGCAAAAUGCAGACUGGGUCUUGAGCUGGGCAACAUUAUACAAGUCACGGGGAGAGUCGGCAGACAGGUUCAUUAUGAGGAAAUUCUUCGGUUCGACGCCAGGCUUCAGGAGAUCAUGGAGGAAUUGCCCCCACAUCUCAAGAUGACGCCGUUGGAAGGAUCGCAGGAUCCUGUAAGCCUGCUGAUGGCAAGAUUCAGUAUCGACAUCUUGUACCAGAAGAUCCUGUGCGUUUUGCAUCGCAAGUACCUGACGCGGGCGAGAACAAACCCACGAUAUGCCCACUCUAGGCGCACUGCGAUAGAGGCCUCGUUGGUGACGCUGCAACACUUGGCCACCCUUCAUCGGGAAACUCAGCCGAAUGGAAGGCUGAGAUCGGUCAAGUGGUACAUCAGCUCCACGGCAACAAAGGACUUCCUGCUGCCUGCCAUGAUGGUAGUCAUGGACCUGCAUGUCGACAAGAGGGAGACUGGCAAGCGGCGCGAGUCAGAUGGAGAUUUCUUCUGGACGCCAGAGCAACGCAUGAACAUGAUCGGCAACCUUGAACUGACAAGAGACGUCUGGAAGGGACUCGCAGACACAUCCAUGGAGGCAUUCAAGGCCUCUAAAGUUCUCGAGAUCAUGCUGGAGAAAAUUAGGUCUCCAGAGCCAUCAGAACCUAUCCCUGAGGGCAUAGAUCCGUUCGCGGAGGCCGAUACGUCUCAGGACAUGCACCCCGAGCACUCAGCAGCCGUCACGCUGGGUAUGCUCUCCGGCGGCAUGACGCCCAACACAGCAGCGGUACUCGCAAGCAUGCAGCAAGCCGAUAGUCAGACCACAUUUGGCGACGUGGACUUUGGCAUGUCGGGUGGCACGGGGAUGACGCCCAAUUUCCCGCAAGAUAUUGACAUGAAUGUGCCGCAAUCCCCGUUUUCCAUGUUUGGCAACCUGGAGGCAGGCGGGGACCUCAUGGCUAACUUUGACUGGAACGCUUUCGAAAGUUACACGCAAAGCGCGAAUUGGGGUGCCGAGAACGGCUUUGGCUUUCUAGCACCUCAGCAACCGGACCAGGCGCCAAGCAGCCAAGCACAGCAGCCCAACAACGGCAACAAGGAAUACACAUAUCCUAAUCCCAAUGCAUCUGGCUUGUAG